AUGAGAAUAAAUUUCUUCAAAGAAAAAAACAAGAUUAAAUUGAAUAAGAACUUUGACAUCGAAUCAGACAAUGCUUUUUCUAAUGCCAACUUGGAAUCGAAUAACUACCUGACGGCCAACAGUGAUAACGAAUAUGAUCAUUAUGGGUUCGAGAAAAAUAAAGAUUACUCAACCAAAUCUACUACUGAUCAAGGGGCACUAGAAAAGCAUAAGAAAAAAAUUGAAAAAAGAUGGCAGGUCUAUUUUACCUUCAAAAGGGACAUAAAAAAAAGUUACUACCUAAAAACGCUAAUUAGAAAGGGCAUUCCGGACAAACUAAGACCGGAUAUAUGGCCGUACCUGUUAGAUAGCAUGGUGCUGUACCUGAAGUAUCCUACCAUAUAUGAAAAAUGCCUAAACAGCGAUCUGGAGGCGAAAGUUUUAAGUCAAAUUGAGUUGGACAUAAUCCGGACCUUCCCACAUAAUAAAAACUACCGGAUGAACUCCCCAGGAUUAAUUCAGCUGAGGAACGUACUGCACGCUUUUGCUGUUUAUAAGCCCAAAAUAAAUUACUGCCAGAGCAUGAAUUUUAUCGCCGCCAUCGCUUUAAUAUUUUUAAAGGAAGAAUUAGCCUUUUGGUCAAUUGUCCAGCUAAUCGAUUCGGAUUAUUCCCACGAGAAAAUAAACAUCAGCGAUUAUUACAACCACGAAAUGAGGGGGCUUCGUAGGGACAUUAUCGUCAUAGAAGAAUUGAUACGAACAAAGUUGCCGGAUGUGCACUUGCGUUUAAAAGAAUUCGAUGUUGACCUCUCCUGGAUUUGUUCCGAGUGGCUGUUGUGCUUAUUUUGCACGGCCUUUCCUAUCACCACCACGUUACGCAUAUGGGACUGCCUCUUCUACGAAGGAGACAAAAUUAUAUUCAGAAUCGCAUUGGCCUUGUUUAAAAUGAAUCAGGAAAAAUUAAAUGAAUUAAAUUCAUUAGAAUCCAUCCUAUUAUUAUUUAAGGAGACAACCAAAAAUAUGGUAAGCAUGGGAAGCACCGGUGAAGGGGUGACCUUGUAA